UACCAGAUCCAUCAGAGCUAGAACAUCAACCAUGAACAACCACAUGAACGGAGAAGUCAACUGCAACUACAUCACCGGUUACAAUGGAACCAUGGACAUGAAAAAGUUGCAGCAAAGUCUGAACCAGUGCAAUAAGGAGCACCAUGAAGAGAGUAAGCUGCCAGCUUUAGAAACUGCCUACACCAACAUCCUAAAAGAACUGGGGGAGAAUCCCGAAAGGGAAGGCUUGCUGAAGACUCCUCUAAGAGCUGCCAAAGCCAUGCAGUACUUCACCAAGGGAUAUCAGGAGACCAUUCAUGAUAUACUCAACAACGCCAUAUUUGAUGAAAACCAUGACGAAAUUGUCAUUGUAAAGGAUAUUGAUGUUUUUUCACUCUGUGAACAUCACUUGGUACCGUUUUUUGGCAAGGUGCAUAUUGGCUACUUACCGAAUAAAAAAGUUGUCGGGCUGAGCAAACUAGCAAGAAUUGUUGAAAUCUUCAGCCGGAGAUUACAAGUUCAGGAACGGCUGACCAAACAAAUCGCCAUUGCAAUCAAUGAGGCAUUACAGCCGAUGGGAGUCGCAGUUGUUAUGGAAGCUUCGCACAUGUGUAUGGUCAUGCGAGGCGUCCAGAAGAUAACCAGCAGGACGGUCACCAGCACAAUGCACGGCAUAUUCAGAGAUGACCCCAAGACCAGAGAAGAAUUCCUUUCACUGAUCAGACAAUGAAAAGUCAGCACUUUAUAAAUGCAACGUUAGAUUAUUUGUUUGCUAAUCAUAAAAAAAAA